GCUUCUGGUCUCAGAGCCCUGCCGCUGCCCCCGCGGCUGAGCGAGUGGCUCAGAUGCAGGCCAUCAGGGGUGUGGUGGUGGGAGACGGAGCUGCAGGUGAAACUUGCCUACUGAUCAGUUACACAACCAAUGCAUUUCCUGGAGAAUAUAUCCCUACUGUCUUUGACAAUUAUUCUGCCAAUGUUAUGGUAGAUAGAAAACCAGUGAAUCUGGGCUUAUGGGAUACAGCUGCUCAAGAAGAUUAUGACAGAUCAUGCCCCGUAUCCUAUCCUCAAACAGAUGUGUUCUUAAUUUGCUUUUCCCUUGUGAGUCCUGCAUCAUUUGAAAAUGUCCGUGCAAAGUGGUAUCCUGAGGUGCGGCACCACCGUCCCAACACUCCCAUCAUCCUAGUGGGAACUGAACUUGAACUUAGGGAUGAUAAAGACACGAUCGAGAAACUGAAGAAGAAGCUGACUCCCAUCACCUAUCUGCAGGGUCUAGCUAUAGCUAAGGAGACUGGUGCUGUAAAAUACCUGGAGUGCUCGGCCUUAUGGGAUACAGCUGCUCAAGAAGAUUAUGACAGAUCAUGCCCCCUAUCCUAUCCUCAAACAGAUGUGUUCUUAAUUUGCUUUUCCCUUGUGAGUCCUGCAUCAUUUGAAAAUGUCCGUGCAAAGUGGUAUCCUGAGGUGCGGCACCACCGUCCCAACACUCCCAUCAUCCUAGUGGGAACUGAACUUGAACUUAGGGAUGAUAAAGACACGAUCGAGAAACUGAAGAAGAAGCUGACUCCCAUCACCUAUCUGCAGGGUCUAGCUAUAGCUAAGGAGACUGGUGCUGUAAAAUACCUGGAGUGCUCGGCUUUCACACAGUGA